GGACAAGCGACCGGAAGGCGGGAACUCACCCUGUCCAGCGAAUCGCGAGACGAGUCAAAGGUUUGAUUGACGUUCGCGGUUUUAACCGUUAGCGUUCUACUUGGAGGGAUGAAGUUCGCUCGUGGGACCAGUUACCAAAUUCAGGGUCGCCAUUUUCUACACACAUUACGGUCAGCCAUGCCACUGCAGGCCUUCUCCUUCCCUCUCCCAGAAACUCGAGUCAUCAAAGCUGGGGACUGUAUCUACACAGUCAAGAUCAGAGGAGGCAGCAGCUACAGUGGCGAGGAGGUUAUGGGAGGAAACUGCAUCGAUCAGGAACUGGAGGAAAUUAUCAGAACUGUUCUCGGCAACCUGGACACGCUCCAGCCGUUCUUUAGCACCCACUUCAAUGUCUUCCCUUUCAAGAAGCCCAAGAUGGAAACCUCUGAGGUAAUGAUGUGCAAACAUUGUGACAGGAAUUUCACAGUCUACCAGUUUGAUAUCAUCAUCUACCUGGAGAAAUGCAGGCAGACUGGAAAGCAAGCAAAGGGGAAGUUGAGCACAGAGAAAGAGACUGCACAACAGCACUUUGAAUCUGUUUCUAAGCCGCAGUCAAAGCGCCGUAGAAGCAAUUCACCACUAGAGGAGGCCAUACUAAAGGAUUUAAUCAAGGCUGAGGCCAAGUUAUAUGUAAGCAGGGUGAACACGUACAAUCGUGCAAGGGAAGAAGCAGAGGAAGAUCCGGGCCAUGUUGACGAGAAAGACACAGAGGGUUUUGAAGAAACCCAGCAGGAAACAGUUAACACAGUGAAAGAAAUUGGGACUCCAGGUGAUGUCCAUCCUGGGAUAAUCCAAGACAUGGACGAGGAGGAGGGUGAUGAGAACAGAGAAAAGGCUCCUGUGAAGCCAGGGUUUUUAACCCGAGUUGCCAGCCACAUCUUCCCCUUCUCCUUGUUCUUCAGAGACUCCUGAGAGCCGCGGCGGUUUGACUGGCUCCAUUUAUUUAUUUUAAACUUUAGUGUUGGAGGGUCUGUUUUGUAUCAGACCUUUGUUGUACAAUAAGCAAAUAAAUAUUGUUCUUUGUUUGCUCUUC